CUUUCCUACAGCUACUGCAUAUGUGUGGUGACAUGUGUUUUAAGAGAUAAUGGCAACAUGUUCCUAACAGCGGGGAGGAGCUUAUUUCUUCCGAGUGACGAGAGGCUGGGGAUAUGAAUUCUCUUUCAGAUCUAUAAUGUGUAAAGCUUGCAGAUGCUGGGAGAAGGGAGGAAAGAGAGAAAUGAAACAUGUUUCUUCAGACCCUGAGCUUUUUUUUUUGCUGGCUGUGACAUGUCUUGGAAGCACUGAAGUGUGAGUGGAGCUAUUGGAGAGUCAAACGUCUGGGAGUAAAUCCUGCGCUCCUUUGACAAGGAGGAACUUCAGCAAGUGGUCCCUGAAACAUCUGAAUCAUUUUAGAAGCCAGAAGAAGCAGGAAGAACUGGAGGCAGAGGAAGACUACUGUGCAGCGUCUUUUCCUGUUUGUAAGGAAGUUUAGGGGAAUUUCUAAAUCUCAUUUGAAGGAAAAGACAUUGAGAUUUUAUUUCGGGGGAAGACUUCACUUAUGAAUGAACUGGUGGGCCUGGUUAAGUUAAUGGCCUCUGCUGGUAAGAUCUAUCGCACCAUGACAACUGGAAUGACAGAAGUUGGGGACUUAUCUCUGGAGCCUUUGGUCACUUGCAAACUGUGCCUAUCUGAGUAUUCACUGGAUAAGAUGACCGCUCUCCAAGAUUGCAGCUGCAUCUUUUGUACAUCGUGCCUAAAACAAUAUAUGCAAUUGGCCAUCCGUGAGGGUUGUGGUUCUCCCAUCACUUGUCCAGACAUGGUGUGCUUAAGUCGUGGGACCCUGCAAGAAACGGAGAUCUCCAGCUUGGUACCUGCUGAUCAAUUUCAGUUAUAUCUGCGGUUGAAAUUUGAAAGAGAAGUGCAUUUGGACCCGCUCAGAACCUGGUGUCCCUCUGCUGACUGCCAGACCGUGUGCCAAAUUGAACCAAGUGAAUCUGGAUUACCAGUGCCUGUAAAAUGCCAGGCUUGCUACCUGACAUUCUGCUCAUCAUGCAAAGAACCUUGGCAUCUGGAGAGAUCGUGCCUGGAAAGCCACCUUAUUGUGGUACCAAAUGAACAAGGAGCACUUAUCAGGACCGACACAGAAGCUCCAAUUAAACAGUGCCCAGUUUGCCGGAUCCAUAUUGAGCGGAACGAAGGCUGCGCUCAAAUGAUGUGUAAGAAUUGCAAGCACACGUUUUGCUGGUACUGUUUACAAAACCUGGAUAAUGACAUCUUCCUAAGACAUUAUGACAAAGGCCCCUGCCGAAACAAACUGGGCCAUUCCCGUGCUUCAGUUAUGUGGAACAGAACACAGGUUGUCGGGAUCCUGGUAGGGCUGGGUAUCAUUGCCCUGGUAACAUCCCCCUUACUGCUCCUUGCCUCACCCUGCAUCAUCUGUUGCGUUUGCAAAUCCUGCCGAGGCAAGAAAAAGAAACAUGACCCACCGACCACCUAGAGCGUUCUGCCAGCUGCGUGUGAUUGGCCGCAUCAUAUGUAACGGAGAAGACCUGAAGGCUGACCUCUGGCGACAAGGCUUUCCCAACCAAUUAUCCUUCUCUUUGCCAACUUCUGCAAAAGUGCCUACUUUUUCACAGGACACCACGUUGUUUGCAAGUUGCAGUUCAGCAACGGGACUGAUGCUUGUUGCGUUCUCAGUUCAAUUCUGUUUUUGGUUUUGUUUUAAAGGAGGCGGGUUUGAAAGGUACUGUUGAGGUUCUUCAAAACAACCCACCUCUGUUUGAAUCUUGCAAGUAAAGCUACAUAUUUUUUCUUCCCAAUUCUGGAUGUGUAUCAAUUCUAGAGCACUUUAAUUUUGCAUCUCCUGAGGCAGCCCUACAGCUAAAGGAGGGAAUAUAGGGGAAUGAUCCAGACCCAUUUAAAGAAAUCUUUGGGUACUGUAUGUUUUAGCAUUCCAGGGACAGAGUAAGGGAACACAAUCUAUUAUUUCUAAAAAUGAUUGUUUAAAACAAAACAAAACAACUGUACCUGCAGAGGUAGAAAUAGCAGAUGUUGAGUACUGCACUUAAUGGAUAUGGGAUCUAAUAUGUAUUUGCUAAAAGCCCUGUCAAGACUAACAAAUUUCUUAGAAGUAGUAUCUGCCUCAGUGCAGCAUCAGAAACAAUAACCUGAAACUGCUAUUGCAGGAACGCAGUAUAAUAUGCCAAGCAGAUCACCUUCGCUGCACCAAUGCUUAGGACUGGUGUGUAAACUACUGUGAACCAUUUUGAAAACCAUGAGCAAGUCCCUCUGUGGCCCUGGUGCUAGAACUGGCAAGUGUUACUGAGAUUUGUAGUAUGCAGAAGGAUCCUGUUGGCCUGGUUGUUGCAUCCUCAGGCCUGUAUUUCUCUCCCUCUCUCCUGCAUUGUGUUGCUGCUACCCUAUUUCCUGUCUCUGUCGAGUCACAACCUCCUUAAGACACAGGUGGCUGCGGACAUACUGCAGUGAUGCUAGAGAACCGCACAGACUUUGGGCUUCACCGGUGGCAACUUCUGGUGUACUUGCCAAAAACGUUGGCCAUCACAAGCGUAAACUCUGCUUCCGGUGUAAAUGAGCUAGCUACGUGCGCACAUUUUUAAAAGGCACGCCAGCGAUUUGUUUAGGUUUGUUACAUCAGCUUGGGCCAAUGUUGCCAAAACAAAUACAGCUGCACUACAUUAUAUCACAGUGUUGGUGAGGCACUGUGAAACAGCACCAUGUGUACCUCAGAACAAGUCAUACACAGUCAACGACUGCAAACUUCCAGGUGAAUUGACAGUAAAGUCCACGGUCCUGUAAGACAGGAUCAUAAUCAAAGGAAGAACUGCAUGAUCUGGAAAAUAUUGGAAUCGGUAGGGGGAUGGGGGAAGAAAGACCCAUUAUCUCUAGUCUAGUCCCUGGCCUACAGGACUGCAUAAGAGCUGGGAUCAUUCUCUAUCCCAGCAGUGCAAACUGCUGUUUCCCCCCCUCAUUCUAUGGAAAAUGGUGGUAUUGUAUAAAUAAGACACAAUAACAGUCUUUCUUGAACUGUUUAAGUUUAUGUACCCUCCUGCCUGCAGCUUUUGACUGGCUUUUUAUAGCUAGUUGUGGCCUCUCUUUGUUCUGUAUUAAGUAAUUUAGAGGUAGAGUACUGAUAUAAAUAAAUGCUUCAAGGAAAGCCAUGUAUGUCUUAUACUAUGUUCUCUCUCUGUGUGUGCACACAAAGCAAAUAUGAACUUGUGUGUACAUAGGAUCCAUACAGCCUGUGUUUCAAUUAACAAAGUUCACUCAACAACAGCCUGAAAAGGUUGGAUCGAGGAAUUGUCAUCUUGGCCAAGGAACAUUUCAGUUGAAGGGAUCACAUUAUUUGACAAUAUUUGUUCCAAGUUAGAAUUGGCUGCCAUGUAAUGUGUAUCUUUCCCUUAACCUUUUGAAAUGAAAAAUAAACCUUUGGAAGCUAUCAGUUUGGGCAGUGAAACAGUGGGAAGAAAGAGUUCUUAAAACGCCUCCCCCUGUCUGUUUUUCUGCUCAAAAUUGCUCCCUCCCAGCUGCUUUUCUCCUCAGAGGAGGAGGAAAUGGUCACAUUAAAAAAAACUAUCCCAAAUUAACCUGGGAAUUUUAAAUAACUUGAGGAAAUGGACAGGGAACCUGAAAUGGACCAUAGUGACUUAAGUAUUCUGGGACACUGUAUGUUUCCUUUUUUAGAAUUGUACUGAUAAGGUUUAUUAGGGCCAUGGUUUAAACGUUUGUGCCUUCCCCAGAGAAAAUAUGGGAAGUUUAGUUCCAUGGUGGGUUUUUUUAUGGUGGUGGUGGGGAAUUGUCUGGUUAGAGACAAUAAUAGGGGUUGGAUGGAGUCAGGAGUUCUGCCAACUUUAACCAGUUCAAGUGUCUAAUGUGAGCAUGCCCUAACACUCGUAAUUUCAACCAGUUAAAGAAAUCUUAGUCAAUCUAAUUCACUUUUCAGUUGACCAAAUCUGCAAAUGAACAGAAUAAUAGCUCUGGAGCAAUAGUUGUAGUUUUUGUUUUUGAAACAGUAACAAACAACAGGAGGCCUAUCUGGCCAUUCUCAAACACAUUUCUUCUACUUGUGAGCAGCAGGGCUGUGCUGGGUAGCCCCGCCCUGCCCCACCCUGCCCACCAGUGUCCAUGUGUAGAGAACCAACUUCUGGAGGGGGAAGGCCGACAUGCAUACGGCUAUAGAUGUUCACGCUCUGUGUGAAUGCCUUGGGGUGCUACAAGACGUGUGUGGCGUUGGGGCCAGAGCUACAUGGCUUGACCUCCCCGCCCCCACUUUACUUGUAAAUGGAAGUAUGUUUAAGAAUGCCUGAAUAGAGCCAGUAUUUAGUUAUGAUUCUGCAGCCAGGUUUUUAAACAAAUUACAUUGCUCACAUUUCCAUAAUGCAAGAUUAUAUGGUUUUUUGGAAGCGUGUAUUUGAGAAAGAGAGGGGGGUGGGGAGAGAGAGUGUCUGAUUGCCUUCUGCUGCUACCCUUUCUGGCUGUUUCAAUUCUUAACAGACCCUCACUUCAUGCUGCUUCCUUGAAUGCUCUCUCUCUCUUUCUCUCUCUGUGUGUUUGUAUAUAGCAGUUCAUCAGGGAGAAUGGCAGGGUACCAUUCUACCACCCUAAUUGAUCAGGGGCAUCUUCUUUAUCAAACUGCUUAAUCAGCUAAACAUUGUAUCUCUAUUUGGCCUAACAUCCCUCCUUACUUUCACUAGUAAAUGGAAAGAUUAAGAGCUUCUCCACACGAUGGGUUUAUUGCAUGCAUGUGAUUGGUCACUCACAGAAGUUUGUGGGUCCGUUUCAUGAUGUUGUCAACCUCUGAUGCCUCUCCUGCUGUUUUCAAAUGGAAAUACGUCACUUUAUAAAACUCUGAAAAUGCAGUAAUAAAUGGGAAAUGCGCUAUAAAACAACGGCAUCUGCUGGCGAUAGAAUUGGGAACACAUGGGAAGAAACUGGCAAAAACAAGGGUUGGGGGGAAGAGCAUAUAUAUUUUGUUGAUCAUUAAACCUAUAAUGACUCCAGAAGACAAAGCACCAGCAAGGCUGCAGGAUUUUUGCUGAAUGUGGAGAAGCUCGAAGUCUGUGAGCUCCUUAUAACAACUCUCACUUCACAAUGAAUGCAGGCAAAGUGAGCAAGGCCUGAAGGAUCUCUUUAUGAGCCACACACAAUGUUAGUCUUGCAUUACAUAUCCUUGCCAAUGAGUUUAGUAUUGUGCAUUAAUUGUAUUAUUAAAGCCAUUAUUCCCCUCUC